CACAGAAAGCCUGAAAGAGGGACAUCAUGGGUCUGCUGACUGACCCUAAACGUCAGAAGAAGAUUGUGGAUGUUAUCUCCAAGUACAACAACAUACUGUGUGUUCUCUGCUAUGUUGCUGGGGUUGCUGGUUUUCUGGCAUUGGCUUACCAGCCAUUCAAUGGAGCCACAUACUUCUCUGAAAAUGCUCUUUUGCCUGGAUUGGUUACAAAUGAGUUCUAUGCAGAGAUGAACUUGAAUGCUAUAGCAGCCGAGCUUAAAGAAGAGUUUAACAAGGACAAGAGGAAAGUUCCCAGAGAAUGGAUUUACAAUCACUUCAGAGAAAUAGGAUUAGAUACUUAUAUACAGAAUUAUUCUAUAAAAUAUCCAUUGGACAUUGCAAAAGGACAGAACAUUCCAGGACAGAAUGUUUAUGGAAUCUUGCGAGCUAAGCGAGCGGCCAGCACAGAAGCCCUUGUCAUGUCUACUCCCAUACGUCCCAAAGAUUCAGACCUAUCCUCCACUACGGGAGGGAUUGUUUUGAUGAUGGCCAUGGCUCAGUACUUCAGAAGACAAACAUACUGGUCCAAGGACAUCAUAUUCCUGGUAUCUGACCAUGAGCAGAUAGGAUUACAAGCUUGGCUGGAUGGCUAUCAUGACAUUAAAGCUGAAUAUAUAGUGCCAAGUGAUGUUAUGGGAAGGAGUGGAGCUAUCCAAGCAGCCCUUAAUCUGGAAAUUCCGGAUGGAAAUAUCCGUUAUUUUGAUGUUAAGAUUGAGGGCAUGAAUGGUCAGCUACCAAAUCUUGACCUAUUUAAUCUUGUCGUAAGAAUCUGCAACCAGGAAGGAGUGGAUGUUACAUUCCACAGAAAUAAUGACCCCAUGGACCCCCAGACUCUGGAGGGCUACAUGCAGAGUGUGAAGACCAUGCUAGAGAUGAUGUGGUCCCAGGCAGCUGGCACCCCCUCAGGCAAUCAUGGACUCUUCCAUAAAUACCACAUAGAGGCUGUGACCUUGCAAGGAAUCAGGAGGAAGAACAGUAACUUCGCUUAUCCCUUAGAGAGAACAGGAAGAAUUCUGGAGGGAAUAUUUAGAAGUUUAAACAAUCUUCUAGAAAGAUUUCACCAAUCUUUCUUUUUCUACAUUCUUCCUGGUACCAGAAACUAUGUCUCUAUUGGAAUGUACAUGCCACCAUUUGGUUUGAUAUGUGCAGCAGGUCUCAUCAAAGCUGUUGCUAUUUGGGUGACACUAAAGAAGGACAAGGAAUCUGAUGAUGAAGAAAAGAAGACUGAGGAAGAGAAGAAGAAGGAGGAAGAAGAAGAAGAAGAAGGUGACAGGGAGGAUAGAGAGGCUAAGGCACUGGAGAAGGAGGUGGAGGAGCUGAGGAAAACAGUGAUGGAUGAGGCUGUAGAGGAGGAAGCAGCCUCUGAGGGUUUGAUCUCUAUCAUGCCUGUCAUAUUGAUCAGUGUGAUGAUGGGGAUGUUCUCCUACACUGGACCUGACCUUAUAACCAUGUCAGCCCCGCCCUUCAGAAUCAAAAUGGAGGACAACAUCAGCUUUGGACUUAUGGCUCUGUACACAGCUUCUCUGAUGGUUCCUAGACUUAUCAGCAGGAAGCAGCCAGGAGCUAGUAAGAAGCUGAUUUUUGAUUGGAGGUUACUGAAGUGUGUCACUCUGCUGUUCCAGUCACUGGUUCUGUUCUCUAUUUCUUUGAUGAACAUUUCCCUGGCCUUCUUUCUAGCUGUUGUCCUUGUUCCCAUCACAGUUAUAGCACAGCCAACCAAAAGCAGGCUACUGCUUUGGCUGCAGAAAGCGCUACUCUUCAUAGUGUCCCCAGCUGUGUUACUAUUUAUAGCCUCGGUGAUUACAAGUUAUGGAGAGAAACACAAAGACUUCAUAGACUUACUGGGCAAUUCCUGGAGCUUCAUGAAGACCAACAUAUUUCUCACAAUCAUCGACAAAUAUUUCUUUGGUAGCUGGAUGUUUGGUUUGUUUUCCUUCCUUAUGUUACCUAAUUGGUUGAUGUUCUGGUGUAUAGUGCAUUGUAGUCUGGACUAAAACAAAAAAGUUGAUCUCCAUGUGCUAUUUUUGAAUUUGCGUGUUUGUACAUUCCCACCUAUCAUGCAUGAAGAAAAUGAAGUUAUGUGUAGUAAGUUUUGUCCAAGACAGCUGUUUAUGGACAUUUUUGAAUGUUUGAUGCAUUAAAUUAUUUUUUUUAGUAAGAGAGUGCAUUGAAUAUUUUUCCUAUUACAAAAUGGAAUUUAAAAUGAAAAUGUAGAGAAGAGUGUGAUUUUUUUAUAGGUAUUGAAAUAUUUGUGACAAAAAAUAUUUUUAUGAUUUUCUAUUAUUACAAAAUUGUUCAUAAGAUUGCAAGCAAUACCUAGUAUGUGGAUUAGUAAUGUCUGUUUGACCAUCCAUCUGUACCAUCAACUUUGUGAAACUGAUACAAUUACCAUGUUUUUUUUUCAAUUCAUAGUAGAAUCUUUAAACUUCACUUGUAGGUAAAUCAGUGAUGUUAUAAAUAAUACUUUUGAUGUUGACCUUGGUCUUGGCCUUGACAUUUCUGAAUUAAUUACUUUAUUUUUUAUUGUGGAUGAGUCAUCAUUUUAUCAUUUCUUAUUGAAUCAUAAAUACUUUGCAAUGUACUCAUAUCUUCUGUAAAGAUUUUUUUUUUACAUAUUCAGAACAAAAAAUAUCAACAGAUUAUCAUACAUACACAACAUUCUUUGUGAAUAGUUAGCAACAAUGAACAUUUUAUACAAAAUGAGUUUCAGUUAAACUUUGAAUCUUGCUUUCUAUAUACAAGUACAUUGAGUUUGACUUCUGUACUUCAUUUUGAAUGACUGUAGUUUUUGGUACAUAUUUUGUGAGUGAUAUUUGAUAUGUUGUUCAUGAAACAGAUGUGUUUGAGAGGAAUUUUUAUUUACUAGGAACAAAAUUUUUUGUAUUGUGCAAUAUAAAAAUCUCUUAAAAGCUGACUGAAGAACUAAAAUGAAAUACACAGUAUAUUAUUAAAAAUUCA